AUGAAUAAAGCAUCGAGUGAAACUCAAGUGAAGCGAAUGCUCGUUUACAAGUGGCACAAGCGGUUCAGUGAGGGGCGGGAAAGCAUUUGUGACGACGUGAGGUCUGGGCGACCGGUUUCACAAACUACGGUGUGUGACGUCGAGGCCGUGAAAAACAUCGUUGACGCUGAUCGUCGAGUCACUCGUUAUGAAAUAUGCAAGAUGUUGGACAUGAGUUAUGAUGGGUCGGUACGGAGGAUAAUGAAAGACAGUUUGAAAAUGAGUCGAGUGAGUGCGCGAUGGGUUCCACGGCUGCUGACAGAAGAUGAGAUGAGCAAAAGAGAUGAAGAACCGGAAUAUCAAAAGCUGGUUGGAAUAUUCAGAGGAGAUAUUCGACUUCGUUUGAUCCCAAAACAAAUUUUGCACUUGCUGUUUUUAAUUGAUGAAAGGGAAAAGGAUAAAAUAAGAAAAAUUGGAGAUAUCGAUCCAGCAGUUGCGACAGACUUACUUUUGGACAGUAUAAAGUCUUCACCAGACCCAGGCAGAUGGCGAGAAUUCCUAAAUGCUCUUGAGAAAACCAAAUUCACAUGUCUGCUGAAGAAAAUAAGACGCCAUGAAAUUGUCGAUGACACGGAACAAAGGAAAUACGUAUCAAUUAUGAUGCCGCAGCUUCGAGAAAUGAUUAACCCUCGAGAAAUAAUGGCACAUCUCUUGCACCAUGAUCUCUUGAUAUCGGACGACAAGCAAGAAAUAGAAUGCGUGAUGUCCAACAAAGGAGCCAUUGAAGCUUCGGAAUUAUUAUUGGAACGGGUUUCCGGGAAACAUCCGAAUUGGUAUGGAAUUCUUACAAAACUGCUUCUAAAGCAUGGACACAAAGGUGCUGGGGAUAUGCUUAAGGUCGGUUUUUGCAAAGAACCUACAACCACGCAAAAGUAUCCACCUCGUUCUCAGUCAGACUCAGAGUUAAUGCGAACCGGGAAAAAAUCAACUACAGCGACAAAAGUAGCUAAUAAACGACCUACAACACAUUUAGAACAUGGCUAUACCGAUUAUUCAUUGCGAACAUGUACUGAUGAAGAGGAUGAUGAACGGAUAUACGCGGCUAUCGACGAUACUGAACUUAAUACUCGGAAAUUCGAACCUACGUCCAUAGAGCCGAAACGUCGCGAUUUCAAGGACGAUACGUCCACCAAAAAGACCAAAUGUGCUGUGGAUGCAACUCAAAAUCCUUCUCAGCAUGAGGACAUAAAGGAUUUAAGCGUACUCUGGUUGCGUUUUUAG